AUGCCUUCCAAAAAGGCCCGCCGGGCAAAGAAGGAGAAACGGGGGAAUCCAGCUAAACGGAAUGCCAGUUACGCGGCCGCGCCUUCCACAUGGAGUCGGCCGCAAAGCACGCACCUGCUGCCCCGGUCAUCCACAUGGUCGGCGCUUUCCCGAUUUUCCAGUGGCGGUUUCCGCGUUUGGAUCGCCAUGGCAGCUGCGACCGGAACCGCCAUCAUGCUGGCUUUCCAACGGCCUUUCCUUCUUCACCUUGCUCCUUCUCCCGAUAUCGAGCGUGUGCCCCUUUUUCUCCUCUUACCAUGCGCCCUUGCAUUCGUCGCUUUCGUCAGUCAGGUGUGUUUACUUUCAUCUGCCUCCACGACAACGCGCGAGGGCGGUGGUGAACCAGAAGUAAGAGCUCAGGUCACAGAGCCAUCCGGCAUCACGAAUCAGCGACUCACCAGUUGCCAAGACCAGUCUCACGAGUCUCUCAGAACCGGUCGAGACAUCGACAAAAUCCCGCAGCCUGACGACAGCGUCACGAGCAAACUGUGGCCAGACACGGACAACGACCGCUCGAGCGACAUCUGGUCUGAAUACCACGACAUCCUCGAAGACUCUCGCGCCAUCUGGCCCGAGUCCAAGUCAAAGGGAGAAAUGAACCACAGGUCAGAGCACUCUCAAGCCCGAGCCCCUUGGCCUCCACCAAAUCUCCUUGCCAUGCUAACAGCCAGAAGGGACCGCCAUAGACGUCGGAGACGGAGAGGUCCAGGGCCUUCUGAAUCUGUAUGUCAGGCUCCUGGUUAUGGUACAUCUCCCGCUUGCCACGACGAUAACCAUCGCCUCCCUCUUGAUGGCGCUUCCAAUCGGGCGGAGACUGGGCAAACGACCUGUAAAUGUCGUGCAUAUCGACCAAAGACAGGAAACCGGUUUCGCCAGCAGGGCACUGUGCAUGUCAGUGAGCGUGGCCGUGCACGUGGUGGUGGUCGUGGGCGUGGUCGAGGUCGUGGUUCUGGAUUUCUUCAUCCACGAAUUGGGGGAGAGCCGCCUCUGGCGGGGAUAAACCGUCGUCCAGACUCGCAGACAGAAGAAGCCGCAGCGGUGAACAAGACAGCCGCAAGGGCACAUCGUACAGCCAGAGCUGGCAACGGCAUGUCGACAACGUCGACCGCGUCGCAAACUGCCGCUACCCUUGGCACAACCGUUGGCACAGCCGUUUUGGUGUGUCCAUCAAGAAUCUCUGCGUCUCCGUCAGGUCAGUUGAAUGACUUCUCGUCAACCGAAAUAAUAACGGCGUCCGCUGCGUCCAAGCCGGUGACAACAACAGGCGUUGGCCGAAAUGCCAUCGAGGACGGUGUGGCAAAACCUGGGAGCGCUGCCAUGCCUGGGGUCGUGCGCGGUGUCACACCUGUCACAGUGUCUGCCACAAACGCUGCGGCUAACUGGGGCAAAAGCAACGCUGUUGCAGCUGCAAAUACACCAAGCGACCUGACUGGAACGACCAACGAGCAAAACCGUCGUGCCCGCCGCGCACAACGAGCCGCUCUGAUUUUUCAAGAGCAAUGCCAGAUUCUCCAAGCCGAAGACGCGGUACGCGAGCAGCGUGACUGCGCUGUCGGGAAAGUAGAAACUUCGACUGCGACUUUUACUUCUUCUUCGGCAUGUUUGUUUGAUGCGGGCAAAGACCAGCCAUCGUCAACCAUGACUAAUGUGGCGGUGGCUUUUCAAUCGUCGUCCACCAGCGCCGUGCAUUGUACGAAAUUUCCAGAGGUGGUGAACUCUAUUCACGCUAACCCCACCCAAAACGCUACCACCAAUGCAGGACCACAACCGCCAGUCCACGCUAUCACAAAAUCCAUGCAAGGUUUAGCUUUUAUCAACAAAAUCUCGAAACCUCACAUUGCAAGCAAUCGUACCAGCAUUCAACCAGCACUGCCACUUGUUCCCACUCUCAACCAAAACGUCAACAGCGGACAGCCACAGUCGCCCUGCGGCUCGAUCAAAGCAUCCGCUGUUGCUGCCACAAUGGCGAGUACCAAAGUGAGCAACAACCUGGCCGGUAGCGACGCCGAGGAUAGCAACGAUUCCGAUGAAGAUGGAAGCUUCGUCAUGACGAGAACGGCUGGCAAACGCCGUCUCAAUAUCAGUGCUGCCGACAUGAUUGCCAACGAAAUUUUGGACGACGUCAACGAAGAGCUUGUCGUGGAGGACGACGAAGUGACUGACCCUAUCAAAAAACUGCAUCGGGGCUACAUGAAUGAGGCCGUUGCCAUGGCUCAAUUGGCUCUCCGCACAAAUGAGACGCCCGUUGGCUGUGUGCUUGUGCACAACGGCCGAGUCAUUGCUCGGGGUAUGAAUGCGACCAACAUGACCCGAAAUGGAACUCGUCAUGCCGAGUUGAUGUGCAUCAACGCGCUGCUCUCAUACUGGGACGACGUCAAUAAGGCCGACGAAACUUCCUCCAAUUCUGAAAACAACGGAGACGACUAUUCAGACUGUGGGAGUGCCGAGGACUACGACGACGACAAGAAGGAGUACACAGACGAGGACUGGAAAAAGGUCGACCCUAGCAAAGGUCACCUAUUCCCCUACGGCCAAAAGCUCCAUCCUGCGCGGAUUGUGAGCCAAGACAUCAUCCAUGAAUGUUCGCUGUACGUCACAGUUGAGCCGUGCAUCAUGUGCGCGUCGAUGCUGCGGCAGUACGGCAUCAAGAAAGUCUACUUUGGGGCGGCGAACGACAAGUUUGGCGGCACCGGCGGCGUACUACGCAUUCACAUGAACUCGAAGCCUCAUGAGCCGAUUCAGCAGAAUGUGUCGUACAUAGAGACAUAUGUUACGAACAUGAUGUCUCGGCCGAAGCGUGCCAGCCGACCAUCUCGAACGCUUGCUGUCAACACGGAAGAGGUGAUUGCGGCCACUGAAGGUCCGAUGACCGACGGUGCCUGCACACCCUCGCCCACGGACUCUGCCGAGUCUCAAGAGGAUGGUGGAGUAGCAACCGCAAAGAUGACCACGACCGUCACGAGAGCAGUGGUGACAACUGAUAACACAAACAACCCACCGGUCAUACGGCACACAUCAACCAUUCCAAUUGCCGAAGGAGCAGUCCCUGCUAGAGACGAGGGGCACGGUGGGAAUGUUGAACCAGGAUUCGACGUCGAGGGCGGCUGGGGCCGCGACAAGGCUGUAUUCCUUCUCCGCCAAUUUUACGUACAGGAAAAUGGCCGGGCGCCGGCGCCCAGAAAGAAGGAGGGUCGAGCCCAACGUCUCGUGGAACAAAUGAAAAGCGAGACCGAAAGCACUGUCAAGCUCCCUCCCAAAGUCGACGGACUGCUUUCGGAGGUCAUAUCUGAGCAGCGGUCGCUUCCAGUCACGCCACUCGCUGUGGGUGGGCCCAGUGAUCCGGCCCUUUUGCAAGUUGAUUCCGUCAUGGACAUGCCAGUCAGUGGUAUUACGAACUGCGCUUUAAACGCCGAUUCAGACGGUGCCAUCAAGAUCUCUGACGAUUAG